GCACGGCGGCGUGUAUUGGACCAAUUAACGGGCCGGUCAGUAAGUUUCCCAGCUGAGCGUGUUUUCCUGGGCGGCCUCUGCUCUCUCUGCAGGACAAACUGCAGGCCUACAACACAGAUACCAACAAGUUUGCAAUGGGCUCGUCUGGGGCUUUAGUCUGCGCCAUCGCAUUUGUCCUAACUGUACUGAGCUCAGCAUCCACAGAUGACAGAUGCCUCUAUGAGCAAUGUGAGGCCACCUUUGACAUUGACAAAAUCAUGCAAGAGUUGCAGCCACCAGAUUCAUUCAUGUUGCAGAAAGAGGCAGAUUUAUCGGAUCUCUUUGAUCCCAAAGAGUUCCCCAUAGAGCAGGUACUUGUGUCUCCACGGCGUGAUGGCUUGAAUGACAGAGGGGGCUUCGCACCUAGAGGACGUCGACCAAGUUUCGGGCCCCGUUCUCAUCCUCCUGCGCUGGACUAUCCUGUUCAGUUCCCUCUUGGCCGGCCGACCUCGGACAAUCUCCAAGCCAUCUGUCUCCAUGGAGACCAUCGUCCCCGCUACCCAGACUCCUAUUUUCCUACCUCUGGUUUUGGCCAACAGGUCCGAAGGGCCAGUGCUAUCAAUAAAGCAGAGUCUUGGUUUAGUGAAUGCUGCAAAGGGAACCAGACAUUGGGGAGGGAAGUGACCCUCUGUUGUGCCACACAAGCUUGGAAGCAGUCAGUCAGUUACUUCUGUGAGGAGGACUCAUCUGUUAAGGAUCGACUCUAUCACUGCUGCAGACUACGAGGCAACGAAAGACUAAACUGCUUCCAUAACGAUGCACCGAACCCAAACUAUGAGGCAACAGAGGAGCUGCCGGUGCUGCCGCUCCCCUCUUCUGCCCCCUUCAACUUUGACCCCAACACUUGCCAGAGGACAGUGAUGACUCCAUAUAGUGUCAGAAGAAACAGAGGAAAAAAGGAGAAGAAACCAGUUACUUCCCAAAAAGUUGACAUCAGGUUUCCCCCUGGACGACCCACUGCAGCUGUCAUUGAGUCACUGUGUCGCAACCAGAAGAUUCGCCCCCUCUAUAGCAACAAGUGCCUGCCCAAUAUAGGCUACGAAUGGCUGGCUCGUCAGGCCAAGACCAUUAAUCGCAUGGAGAAGGGAUUCAAACAGUGUUGCAAAAAGAGGCAGGAUGUGGUCGUUUGUGCUGAACAAAAGUGGCGUGAGGAGCUGAACAAGUUUUGCUUGCAUAAGAACAGUGAUGAGACCAGUUCUCGCUGUUGUUUGGACAAUGGAGAAAAUGAUCGAUUUGACUGUUUCCAAAACAUAUCUCCCGACCCACAUUACAACAUGACUUCAGUCACUGAAGAGCUCUCGCUUAACAAAAUCUGUGACACGCACAAGAUCAUCAAGAAGAAAUUCCCUGUUGGUUUUCCACUCAAACACUUUGUGGACAAAUGCUGCCCCCUGUCGCCACAAGACCAGACUGAUUGUUUUGGGCAAAGGCUUAAGGAAACGUCACAGAACCUGUGUUCAUCACAGAGGAUCUACACAUCUAUUGACCACUGUUGCCGUCUACCUGUCCAAGAGUCUCCACAGUGCAUCUCUAAAAUUCUCAUGGAUGCCAUCACCAAGGCAACCAAUCUCUUACGCCAGAAGAAGAAGAAAAGGUGCCCGAUCUCCUAAACCCCUGUGACCUUUUGCUGCUGACCCCCACUGGCACUGGGCCAUUCGGUUGAUGGCACACAAAUUCCACUUAAAGGUCUGUAAGAUGAAAAGCACAUCUAAAGUGUGAACCAAAUUCUAGCUUCAUCUACUCCCAGUGAUAUUUUUCAUAUUUUCAUCUGGGAUCACUUGGGAAGCAUUUCCAUCACAAGAGUGCAUUCAUAAAGAUACCAAGAUAUUGUUUAAUGCAUAGUUGAUUAACCAGACUGUUGUCUGUGUCACUGUACCACUAUUUUAAUAGGCUGCUUUUUGCAUAUUUGAUUAUGAAUGUAUUUUCUUUAUUCCUUCGGAAGCUGCAAGGUCAGCUAUCCUCUUUAUAUGAUUUUGUGGUUAAGAUCAAAUCUAUAACAGUUCUAAUAAAAACAUUUUUAAAAUGUAA